CGCCGCCGCCUUUCUCCGCACCCUCCCCCCUCUCCCGCUGCCCGGCGCCGCGGCGGCUCCCCGGUUUCUCGCGGGUCCGCCGGGGGGCCCAGGCCCGCACCCCAAGGCCCCUGGGAGCCACCCAAGGGGAAACGUCCGUUUCCCAUCGGAGGGCUGGUGAUGGCAGAUGCAGGGCCCCAGGCCUACGGUUGGAGCGCUCGGAAUAACCGAGAAACAACGAAAGUGUUUAAGAGCAUCACCACCAGAGGCAAAACCUUCAACCGAGGACUUAGGGGAUAAGAAGGAAGGAGAAUACAUUAAACUCAAAGUUAUUGGACAGGAUAGCAGUGAGAUACAUUUCAAAGUGAAAAUGACAACACAUCUCAAGAAACUCAAAGAGUCGUACUGUCAAAGACAGGGAGUUCCGAUGAAUUCACUCAGGUUUCUCUUUGAAGGUCAGAGAAUUGCUGAUAAUCAUACUCCAAAAGAACUUGGAAUGGAGGAAGAAGAUGUGAUUGAAGUUUAUCAGGAACAAACGGGGGGUCAUUCGAGGGUUUAGAUAAUUCUUUUUAUUUUUUUUCCUUUUCCCUCAAUCCUUUUUUAUUUUUGAAAAUAGUUCUUUUGUAAUGUGGUGUUCAAAAUGAAAAUUGAAUACUGGCACUCCAUCUCUUUAGAACAUCUGGUAAUCUGAAUUCUAGUGUUCAAUAUUCAUUAUUGGUUGUUUUUGUUGUGCUGAUUUUUGGUGAUCAGACCUCAGAUCCCUUAAUAUUGCCCUUCUUAUUUUAAAAGAAUUCAUGUGUGCACAGAGAGGCCACUCUUUUCAGGACUGUGCAUUUUCAGGUUUGUGAUGAUAAAAAGAACGACCAGUGGGAGCUUUCCUGUGACCUUCCAAUUGGCCCUGAAGUUCUAGCAUGCGGUUGCUUCACUCCUGGACUGUGAUUUUCAGUGGGAGAUGGAAGUCUUUCAGAGAACUGAACUGUGGGAAAAUGACCUUUCCUCGGCUUGAAGCUACUUUUAAAAUCUGAGGGUCCGGACCAAAAGAAGAAUAUCCCGUUUGUAGUCAAGAUAACAGAUACAGUGAGAGUAACAACCACCUCCAAAGAUGGCUUCACUGGAGAGAAAGAAAGCGUCCUAAGAGUAAGACAGGCGUCUGAAGAGCCCGAGAAAGCUGUCGUUUCCAUCAGCAGUUAGUGAUAAAGUUACUCCUGCAGAAGUGGAUGCAACAGACACUGCUCCUUUUGAUUCUGUUUGUACUUUUUGGCCUGGGACAUGGGUUUUCAAGGGACAUCGUCUGUACCAGCUUCAUUAAAAUAAACAAUAUUUGUAAAAACCGUA